UAAAUAUGCAGACAGGCGGAGCAUUGAACCCCACCCUUGAACAAAGGCAAACAAAAAAGAUAUAAAAGGACACCAACAAGAAGCAAGGCUACCGUUUCUCUGUGUGCGAUCUCACUACUGUCUGUCACCUCACAUUAAGAAUAAAUAUAUUCUAAGAUGUCUGCUCCUGGUGUGUGCCUGAAUAUCAUAAAGGAGCGUCAAGAAAGCAAUGGUGUGGGCACGCUUAGUAACCCGAAGAAGUUCCUGGACCAGGACUAUGAGUUGCUGCACCAGUACUGUCUUAUAAGAAAAAGGAGAUAUGUUGAUGAUAUGUUCCCCCCUGACAACAGUUCCGUUGGAGAAAACUUGUUACAGCCUGAGGACUUGGCUAAAGUGGAAUGGAGAAGGCCAACGGAUCUGGUGUCAAACCCACAACUGAUUGUUGAUGGUGUGUCCAGGUUUGACUUUGCCCAGGGCGUAGUGGGAAACUGCUGGUUUCUAGCUGCAGUUGGUGCUCUGACAUUUCAGAGGCACAUCAUGCAGAAGGUCUUUCCUGUUGAACAGUCAUUUCAGAAGGAUUAUGCAGGAAUAUUUCACUUUAGGUUUUGGAGGUUUGGGAAAUGGGUUGAUGUUGUAAUCGAUGACAAACUGCCAACCAUUAAUGGACAACUCAUUUUUGUACGCCCCCAAAGUCCUAAAACUCCCCAAAGUCCCAGAAUUCCUGAGUUUUGGCCUGCUCUGUUAGAAAAAGCAUAUGCUAAAGUGUGCGGGUCUUAUGAAGACAUGAAAUAUGGCUGGGUAUCUGAAGCCCUGAAGGACUUUACUGGUGGCGUGCACAUGACAUUAUGCCCCCAAAAUGAGAACCCUCAAAUACUGUGGGACCUGAUCCAUCGAGCAGCCAGAGCCGACUCUCUGAUGGGUUGUGGCACACCUGGAAAUGCAGCGUUUAAUACACAGCAGAACAAUGGUCUAGUGGAGGGUCAUGCCUACACUGUGACAGGGGUCACUAUGGUGACGAGCAAUGGCAAUCAGGUUCAGCUGGUAAGGCUCUUAAACCCCUGGGGGCACACAGAAUGGAGUGGAAGCUGGAGUGAUGGAUCACAAACAUGGAUGACAGUUAGUGAGGAAGAACGCAAAAAUUACACAAAUUUUGUCAAUGAUGGAGAGUUCUGGAUGUCUAUGGAGGAUUUCUGCAAAUGCUUCUGUCAGCUGGAUAUCUGCAAUUACUCUCCUGCUUUUCUGGAUGGUUCCCCUGAAAGCCACUGGAUCUUAUCAAUGUACGAUGGCCGCUGGCUCGCAGGCAGCACAGCUGGUGGCUGCAUGGAUUGUGAAAACACUUUCUGGACCAACCCCCGUUUUCCAGUCAAGAUCACUGACAUAAACAGAGCCUGUGAACCAAUACCAAAGACAGCGCCAAAUAUACUUGUGUCUCUUAUGCAAAAACCUGAUAAGAGAAACAGACGUCUCACCAGAAAACUUCACCUUGGUUUCAGCAUUUUCAAGGCUAGUGAGAAUUGUCAAAAAUCUCUAUUUUUUUUAUUAUGGUUGUCUACUCUGUGUCUUUGUUCUCAUAGCUCUUGUUUUCCUUUUUUUCAGAGAACACCAGAGAUGAAAGAUUCUAGACGGGUAUCCACAGAUUCCUCCAUUAGCACCAGCAAUCUGGUGUAUUCCACCAAAGUGAUGUUUGAUUCACGUGAAAUAACGGAGUAUGUGAGACUGGAACCAGGAGAGUACAUCAUCAUACCAUAUACAUUUCAGCCCAAUAAAACUGCCUCCUUCAUCCUGACCCUCUGUUCUAAGACAGAAACCCACACAGGCGAACCCUUUAUGGUACUCAGCUCUGAGGGGAAAGUGCUGCGUCAAAUAUCUGAUCAUUAUCAGGAAAUCAACGCAGAGCAGCUUCAGAGAUUUCUAAAUGAGAACUGUUUUGGAGGUGGUGUGCAAAGCACAGGAGGUUUCAGCUUGGAUGCUUGCCAGAGUAUCGUUGCUAUGAUGGAUCUCUCAGUUACUGGAACACUCAAUGCAUUAGAACUCAGCGAGCUGUUGAAAAAAAUUGAUUUGUACAAGGAUAUCUUCUUCCACGUGGACAAUGACAGAGAUGGCAUUCUGUCACUGAUAGAGCUUCGGCAUGCAGUGGAAGCCACAGGCUUCCGUAUUAGUGAUAAUUUGCUGAAACUUACAACUCUACGCUUUGCUGACUCCACUGGGCGAAUCACUCUGGAGAGAUUCAUCUGUCUGGCUCUACGACUAAGUUGCAUGUCUGAAAUAUUCAGAAAACUUGCUGACAGACAGUAUAUGCACCUCAAAGAGCACGAGUGGCUGCACCUUACUAUGUACUCCUGAAGAAGUGGUGGGAACCAUAUAAAGGAGGAUUUCAAUCCUACAACAUAUACAACAGCACACUUCAAAUUAUUAUAGCGCUUACUUGGGUUGCCUUUGAAAAAUCUAAUUAAUGGCAUUUUCUUACUUAAAUAAAGAGAAACACAAAGCAUGUCUUGGCACACCACUAUGUCUACUUCUGCUACGUGUUGUGGCAGAGAGAUUAAGGAACACUGCCCUGUUUUGUUGGCACUUGCACUUCGGUAUCAAAUUAUGUUUGUGAACUUUAGCUAGUCAAACAUUUGACUAUCGCCAACAGCAAAUGUCAAGGUGGUUUUUUCCCCACUGCACAUACAAUACAAGCUUGUGCAAUGGUUUAUGCAACAUCUUUGCAAAUAAAUCUAUUUUAAAUGUCA